GGAUAGGGUUUAGCUUACGCCAGUGAACGCGACGCGUAAGAUACGCUUUCAGCUUUGGGUCUACUUCACUCUUACCUCUUCACCAGACCUCCACUUUAUUGACCCAUCAUGGCUCAACCCACACCUUUUGCUCUUACGGUACCUUCUGAAGACCCGAAGAAAAGGGCGAAGAAGACCGAGGAGGAAGGCAAGGAGAAACUGAAGGAUGAUACCAAAGAGGGCGAAGACCUCUCUGAUGAGGAUCUUCAGCUCAAGAAUGAGCUUGAAAUGCUUUUAGAACGGCUGAAGGAACCUAAUACCGAACUCUACCGUCCAGCACUAGAAACGCUGCGAACACUUAUUAGAACCUCAACUUCCUCUAUGACAUCCGUCCCCAAACCUCUGAAGUUUCUGCAUCCCCAUUACCCCGAGCUACAAUCCCUGCACGAGAAAUGGCCUCCGUCAGAAGACAAGAGUCUGUUUGCAGACAUUCUCUCUGUUCUUGCAAUGACGUACUCCGAUACUCAACCUCGGGGAACUCUCCGCUACCGUCUCUUGUCCGACUCACUUCGACCAGCGGGUUCACCCAUAUCUGAGCCAGGUUCAUGGGGUCAUGAAUAUGUUCGUCAUCUUGCAGCUGAGCUUGGUGAAGAAUACAAUGCUCGGGAACUUGGCGAAGAGGAAGAGAAUAAACCUGUCAUAAACGGCAUUGAUGGGAAACCAGGCGUUAUUGGAACCGACGACCAGUUGCGUGUGUUGGCAAUGGAAUGCGCGACGUUCUUGCUGCAACAUAAUGCUGAGCCGGAUGCGGUCGAUUUGCUGGAGGAACUUGAGAUUGUGGAUCGGAUAACGGAGCUUCUGGACGAAAACACCUACAGCCGAGUCUGUCAAUACAUGGUUGCCUGCGUAAACCUUCUACCGCCUCCAGAUGAUGCUGCCUUCCUCCGGACAGCCCAUAGAAUCUACGUGCAGCACAAGAAGUUCCCGGAAGCACUCUCACUUUCAAUACGAAUCGGCGAUCCGCAACUAAUUCGCGACGAUUUCCAUGCUCCCGCCAACCCAUUGAUGAAGCGUCAACUAGCGUUUUACCUUGCAAGAGCACAAAUUCCCAAGGAAUGGCUGGAGCUCGACGAGGAGGAAGAAUUGCCGGAAGAUCUUCUUGACUGUCUGAGCAAUACGCGGCUAAGCCAACACUUCAAGGAUUUUGGCAAAGAAUUGAGUGUCUUGGAGCCGAAGAGCUUGGAAGACGUGUAUAAGUCACAUCUGGAGAAUACAAGAACAACUGCGACUGUGGACUCCGCACGAGCCAAUCUUGCAGGCACCUUUGUCAAUGCGUUUGUAAACGCCGGUUUUGGUAACGACAAGCUCAUGGUUGAAGCCGAGGAGGGCAACAGCUGGAUAUACAAGAACAAGGAUCACGGCAUGAUGAGUGCUGCGGCAAGUCUGGGUCUGAGUUUGCUCUGGGACACGGACGUCGGUCUCAGCCAUGUUGACAAAUAUACCUACGCCUCUGAGGAGUACAUCAAGGCUGGCGCUCUUCUUGCUACUGGUAUCCUCAACACUGGCGUCCGUACGGAAGCUGAUGCAGCGCUCGCCCUACUUGGUGAAUAUGUCGAGAACAAGUCUGUACCUCUUAAGACCAGCGCCAUCGUUGGUCUUGGAUUAGCUUAUGCAGGUUCACAUCGAGAAGACCUUCUCCAAUUGCUCUUGCCGCAUGUUGCCGAUGACGCUGUUUCUAUGGAAGUUGCUUCAUUAUCCGCUCUCGCUCUCGGUUUCGUCUUCGUUGGAAGUGGGAAUGGUGAAAUUGUGAGUACGAUCUUGCAGACGCUGAUGGAGAGGGAGGACAGCCAAUUGGGAGAGAAGUGGGCGAGGUAUAUGGCGCUUGGGUUGGCUCUCGUGAACCUUGGCCUCCAAGAUGGUUCAGACGCCACUAUCGCGACUCUGCAAGCGAUUGAGCAUCCUAUUUCUAAGCAGGCUGAAGUCCUUGUGGACAUGUGUUCAUUUGCUGGAACUGGUAACGUCUUGAAGGUGCAAGCCUUCCUCCACCACUGCGAUGAACAUAUCGUCAAAGACAAAGAGGAGAAGAAGGAAGAGAAGAAGGAAGAAAAUGAGAAGAAAGAAGGUGAAAAGGAGGGGGAGUCGGAGGAGGGGAAAAAGGAGGAGAAGCCGAAGGAUGAUACCUUCCAGGCCUUCGCUGUUCUGGGUAUUGCUUUAGUUGCAAUGGGUGAGGAUGUCGGUGCAGAGAUGUCAAUGCGGAUGUUCAACCACCUGAUGCACUACGGUGAACCAAUCAUUCGCAAAGCCGUCCCACUUGCCCUCGGUCUCGUCAGCGCGUCAAAUCCUCAGCUCCCCAUCCUCGACACGCUUUCCAAGUACAGUCACGACAACGAUCUCCAAGUCGCCCUCAAUGCCAUUUUUGCCAUGGGGUUAGUCGGUGCGGGUACAAACAAUGCACGUCUUGCACAGAUGCUUCGACAAUUGGCAGGAUACUACUACAAGGAGCCUGAUUGCCUGUUUGUCGUUCGUAUUGCGCAGGGUCUGGUGAACAUGGGCAAGGGCACGAUUUCAAUUAACCCUUUCUUCAUGGAUCGGCAGAUCAUGAGCAGGACGGCUGUUGCUGGUCUUCUGGCUACCCUUAUAGCCUUCAUUGAUGCCAAGUCAUUCGUGCUUGACAAGUACCAUUGGUUCUUGUACUUCCUGGUGACAGCCAUGUACCCAAGAUUCUUGAUCACCCUCGAUGAGAAGCUAGAGAGUUUCCCUGUUACAGUUCGCGUUGGCCAGGCCGUCGACGUUGUUGGUCAAGCAGGAAAGCCACGGACCAUCUCCGGCUUCCAGACACAUUCGACACCAGUGCGGUUGGGUACAACCGAACGUGCAGAGUUGGCGACGGAGGAGUACAUUCCAUUUGCACAUGUACUUGAAGGUCUUGUCAUCCUGCAGAAAAACCCGGGGUACGAAAAGGAAGACAAGAUGGAGGUGUAGACAGUACGAUUUGUAUAAUUGUCUUUCUUAUGUUUUGGACGUUUUCAUUUCCCCCAAUUAUUUCCUGCAUAUAUUGAGUGCGAGCGCUAAGCAACGAUCGUCGGGCUCAUCCUGAGUCGCUGAAAGUCUAUGUAUUCGAACUUCUACCUCGUU